UUGGUAAGAGCAACCCACUCUAUUCAAAAAUUUCCAAGAAAUAAAACAAUAUAUAGCUAGCUUGGCUGUAGGUUUGAUAUUCAUGGAUAACAGAGAGAGUAUUGUUGCAAACCAAGAGGAACUAAAAGAAGAUGAUGUUGCUGUAGUUAUAGUCCCAUUAAUUCUUCAAAGCCAUCUCCGACAGCUUCUCCAUUUGGCCUGCCGAAUCUCCUCCUACGGUCUACCAGUCUACUAUCUUGGCUCAGCCACCUCCAACAGUCAAGCUAGGCUCCGGUCAACUACCUUAAAUCCUUCUGACAUAGCCAAGAUCCACUUCCAUGACCUCCAAUUUGAUACUCAAGAUCCUCCUCCAGAUAUCCCCAUACAUGUUUGGAAUGCUUCUAUGCGUUCACGUGAGCCCAUUGCUUCCUUCCUUCGAGAUAUCUCGUCUAAGGUAAGACGAGUCGUCGUUAUUCACGAUCUUUUAAUGUCUUAUAAUAUUAUGGAUAUUUCUUCCCUUCCCAAUGGAGAAUCCUAUGUAUUCUACUGCCUUCCCAUUUUCGAUAUGUAUUGUAGUCACUACGCUGCAGUAGCGGGGUUGCCCAUUCCACUUGAAGAAGAACUUCUUAAGAAGUUACCAUCUAAUGAUGGAUGUUACAACCCUGAAGAUGUCAUGCACCAUUCAAAACUUCUGUCACAGUGUACAGGCUUCAACGCCGGUGAUAUCUACAAUACAAGCCAAGUAAUUGAAGGUAAUGCUUUUAUUGACUCGAUGGCACAUCUCGCAAGCAUACAAAACAAGAAGCUAUGGACACUAGGACCGAUUCAGCUCCCCAUACAAGAUCUUGCUAUCCUAACCGACCACCUAUGUUUGGAUUGGCUAAACAAACAACCUCCAAAAUCAGUUCUUUAUGUAUCUUUUGGAACGUCCACUUCAUUUUCAGCUGAACAAAUCAAGGAGAUUGCAAUUGGUUUAGAGCUAAGCAAACAGAGGUUCAUAUGGGUAUUGAGAAAUGCUGAUAAAGGAGAUCCCGUUACUAAUAAAUGCGAAGAUAACAGAACAGUACUACUUGUGUUGCCUGAAGGAUUUGAGGAAAGGGUAAAAGGCGUGGGCUUAGUGGUGAGAGACUGGGCACCCCAACAAGAAAUCUUGGCUCAUUCUUCUACCGGUGGAUUCAUGAGUCAUUGUGGCUGGACUUCUUGCUUAGAAAGCAUUAUUGCAGGAGUGCCAGUAGCUGCUUGGCCUAUCCAAUUUGACCAACCAAAAAACAGUUUUUUGCUCGCAGAAAUAUUGAAAAUAGGCCUGCUUGUUAGGGUGUGGGAGAAACGAGAGGAGCUAGUGGCUGCAUCCACCAUUCAGAAUAUAGUGUGCAAGUUAAUGGCAUCAGAAGAAGGUGAUAUGAUUAGGAAAAGAGCACAAGAACUAAGCGAGGCUAUAAGGCGAUCCACAGAGAAAGGUGGUGUUUCUCGGAAGGAGUUGGAGUCUUUCGCGGCCCAUAUCACAAGAUAGAUUACUUGUUUAAAAUUGUUGCAUUGAGAUUGCACCAGAAAUAAAACAAAAUAACAACAGCUUGUCUUUAGCAAAAUGCGAAUUGUUGCAUCUUCUGAAUGCUAUUAUUAUUUAUUUAACGGAAAAGGUUUAAAAAUA